GCGCCGUUGGCUACACCGCGUCAAGCGCCGCCCGCGCCGAUGCCCGGCAUGGCCCCGGCUGCAGCGCAACGGCCGCGACCCGUCUCGGAGACCAUGGCGUGGACAGGAUACACCGAGUCGUGGCACAACAAAUCGUCAAAGAAAGUCUGUGCUGCCUCAUCGUAGUGCUCGUCGCAACGUUCGUGGCUGCCCUGAUAUUCAGUUUCGCGAGGUCUAGAGUCCAAGAUGAUGACGACGUCGAAACCCUCGGCCCUCCGAACGAGAUCCACACGCGAAGGCACACUGUUGCUCUCCCGCCUCCGACGAAAUUCACGCUGUCUUCAUCGCCAGCGGUGACGACAACCAGGCCGGGGCUGGUGUUCUGCACAGUGAGCGAGACGUUACUCGUCGAGCAGCCCAUCACCGAGGGUAUCUGCGACUACGCGGUUUUCGCCGACCUGCUGGUGACCGAAGAAGGCUUCGAGCCAACCAACGGUCGCCAUGCCUGGGAGGUCUUCAAACGAGGCGUAUCCAAGGCGACAUACACAGUGGGUGGUGUCAGCUUCUCCUCAGUGAGCGCAGACAGUGCCUCUGGCGGGGAAAACACGUUACGGCGUCUGGUGGCAAUGAACGCGGAGCUGAGCGCACUCACCAACCUGCACAUGUGGGCCAUGGGCACGCUCAACUUCCGCGACAAGCAGUGGGCCAAGGAGCCUCUUCGCGCGCCCUUCCAGCAACUACGAGUGGCACUGAAGAACGCGCAGAAAGCGGUGACGUUCCUUGGCGUUUGGAUACGGACGUCGCAAGAGGCAACGAAUUUUGUCGGCGCCAUCGGGAACAGCAGCUACAUCGACUUGGUGAUCGUGCAGACGCACGUGGUGCCCUACGAGGGCAUGACGGACCCUUGCGUUGCCUACACGAUCAGCCAUAGGAACGCAGACGGCAUCGUCCCCAAUUAUGACGUGGCGGACAAGGUUCUGGAUCGUCUGCGUGGCGGCCCACUGCGUGUUCUGUACUCGUCGACGCUGGCCGCAGUGGCAUACGUAGGCGCCAAGAAUGGCGCUGACGUUACGUACGUGCCUUCGGACAUGGCCGAGUUCGUCACGUUCCGCCACCAGGACGCCGGCUACUUCGUCACUUUCGAGGGCAACCAGUCACUCAGCAAUAAGAUAUCAUCGUACAGGAACAAGGUUGACGGUUGGGCUUUUUUCGACGUGCAACGUGACGUCUACUGGCCGUGUAGACGCGGAAUCUCCUACGAACGCCUCAAGCAGGGCGCUUCACUGUUGAGGCUACGAAGGCCUUCGCAAUGACACUUCACAAUGUUGCAAUCUUAUCAUUAGCGCUUACGCGUUAUACCUAAUAAAUUCAUGAACGAUGC